CUGGUCUACUACCCCAAACAUCAAUCCUUUAUGAACCCCCUGUCAAAUCACAUUCGCCAACUAAACAUACCGAUUCAGCGUCAGAAGUCCCUUGAAGUCAUCAGUAUUUUCUCAUCUCAUAUCUUAUUCCAUCAAAGUUAUCUAUCGACCACUACGGUAAAUAACAGCCAUUCAAAUCGGCAGAUCUGCUUUCCAAAACCUCCUCAAUCCUUGCAUUAUUGUCGACAUAGGGCAUCAAACUUCGGACUCGGUUCCUCCGUGAUUUUCGCCGCCCUGGGAGGGCUUCCAACAAUUGGACAAAAAUGUUGGCGGACAAUCUGAACCACUCCUUCAACCCUAUCUCACUUGGCGGCACCUUCCUCCUUCUCGCACCAAGACUUGUCCAUAGCCAACCACUUAAUGACUGGAAAAACAAGCUCAUCAAAGAUUUGACACAACCACUGGAAACUCGAGGACUGUUAUCGCGAGGCGACGAAAGCUACUCAGAAAAAGCCGAAGGCUGGUGCAAUGACAACCCAUCGGAAUGCAAAGCCGUUGUCAGUACGCUUUCCAUUUUUGGACUUUUUCUUGUAAUCUUCGUCCUAUUCAAAUGCUAUCGUCGUCGAAAGCGUCGUCAAGCAGUCGCCAGGGAUUCAUUGGAACAGACUGAAGCCAAAGCAGCUCAAGAUGCGCUCGAGCAAAGAGUUGAAGAAAGAUUCUUCCAUCGACAGAGAGAGAUGAAAUUGAGGCACGAUAUGGAAAUGUUAGGAUUAAGCAAUGAUAAGGGCAAGUGAAAAUAUGUAUAUAUUUAUAGAUAUACAGACAUAUUGUAUGGGCU